GUUCUCUAUGUCGCGGGACUUGUGCAGGGCACCUCCCGAUCUGCUGAUGAGAUGGAGGCCGCGAUCGAAGGCAUCUUCUGGAAACGCCUUCCAGACUUUCUGGAAAAUUUAACCGCAGAUGCGAUCGACAGCUACAGGAAGGCUUUGCUGCAGCAGUACCUGCAGCCUCCCAGCAGCAUCGAGGAGGAGCGCAAGCACUUCUUCGGACCUGUCAAGCACCACGGAGCUUGCCAGAUACCCAGAUCCAACAUCGAGAGUUUUGAGCUGCUUGGCGAAGUUGUUCGCUUUGCCAACAGCUCCGACUUCAACAAGGACUUGCUAACACGCAGCUGGUCCCAGCUGAUGGCGCCAAGCGGUGGGUGGCGGCACAAGGUCGUCGUGAAGUAUUUCGGCAAAUCAGUGCCGGAGCGACCUGACUCAACGUCUUGGCGGCUGGCAAUGCAGAAACGGGGCGUUCCGGAACAGGCGCUGUCGCAGCUGACGGAAGAGCACACGAAGACCAUGGUCUUGCAAACUGCAGAUUCCGCAGCCCGUGUCGCGCUUUCUCGGGGCGACAAACAAGGUGGCGCGUACUUCCCCACAGACUUGCAUUGCCGUCGAGAACGGGAUCCAAGAACAAUCAGCUUCCUAGCACGAAGGAUGUCAGCCCGAUGA